GGGUCUGUGCUUUCCCCUGUAGGGUCCUGUACCCCCACUGCAGUGUGUGGGUCUGUGCUUUCCCCUGUAGGGUCCUGUACCCCCCACUGCAGUGUGUGGGUCUGUGCUUUCCCCUGUAGGGUCCUGUACCCCCACUGCAGUGUGUGGGUCUGUGCUUUCCCCUGUAGGGUCCUGUACCCCCACUGCAGUGUGUGGGUCUGUGCUUUCCCCUGUAGGGCUCUGUACCCCCACUGCAGUGUGUGGGUCUGUGCUUUCCCCUGUAGGGCUCUGUACCCCCACUGCAGUGUGUGGGUCUGUACUGCACCCACUGAUGACUUGUGUUGGCUCAGCCACAACUCCGCCCCUCCCGUCCCUCUCCCCAGCGCACCUCUGCUCCCUGACACACACGUGUGCCGGCUCACACCCCUGCACCCCCCCCCAGCUCGCUGUGGCUCUAACCCACAAGCCCCUUUUCCCAGCCCCCUCCUGUACCCUCCAGCCCCCCGCCCUCCCCCGCGCCCCCUCCCUUUAAGCGGGUUCCGCUCCCAGCCCCUCGGCGGCAGAGCCGGGUGCCCUGCGCUGCACGGGCCGGGAGGCGAGGGGCUGGUUCUCCGGCCGCAGGGGAAGGGGCUGACACUGGAGAGCUGCAGCCGAGAGGAGGGACCAGCUUCACUCCCCCACUUUGCGCCGGGAGAGGAGCGAGCCACACGCCACCGUCCGUCCCCACACGGGGCCAUCGCCCGGGGAGCCUCCGCCACCAGCCUGCCCCCCGCGCCGCCCCGCAGGACUCCCCCAGCCCACGCAGCGCCCGGCGCAGCCUGAGCCGCCUCCCUGCGCUCCCGGGGCCCGUGCGCUCGCAGCCCGCCGCUGGCUCCCCUCUGCCAGCCUGCGCCCCUCGCCCGGCCUGUGUAACGCCGGGUCCCGCUUCGCCUGCCCCCCACCCAAAGCCGCCUCUGUCGCGGGGGGCCGGGGAGCCUCCCACCAGCCGGCGGAGAGCGGCUCCGCCUGGGCGCACGGACAGCGCACGGCCCGGGACCAGCCCCGCCGCAGCGCCGGGCGCUUUCAAGGAUUUCUCAGGCUCCAGCCAUAAGAAGCGGGGAGCCCCCUCGAUUCACCCUCCACCCCAACGUCCCCGCUCCUCGCUGGGGCGCACCGCGGGCUCCCCAUUCGCUGCUCAGACCCUGCGAGCCCGGAGCUGCCCCCGGGGGCACUGGAGGAUUUCGGGCCCCCCACCUUUCUAGUCCCCCCUGCGAUCGGACCUGCAGGGGGAUGGGCGGGCGAGCCAGCCGGGGACCCCCGCACUGAGUAGCUGCCUCUGCCUUCUCUACUUGCGGCCAGCUGGUUUGGGGGGACGCGCCCCUCGGCCCCUCUGAAUCUUUAAUCUAUUUUUUGCAACAACAUCAAGGAAAGGACCGUGCUGGAAAAGCCCUUUAAGCCUCCCCCCCCCCCCCCAGCACCAGCCGCCCACCUCUGACAAAGUUACAGCUCUGUCUAACCGCUCGGUUCCAGGAUGGAGCCCUCCUCCUCGGUAUUUAGCUAUUUGUUAUUGCACUUGUUGGUUCUCUCCUUACAAGCUCAGGUAACUGUUCAGUCCCCACCUAAUUUUACACAGCAUGUGAGGGAGCAGAGCCUGGUGACGGAUCAGCUCAGCCGACGGCUCGUCCGCACCUACCAGCUGUACAGCCGGACCAGCGGGAAGCAUGUGCAAGUCCUGGACAACAAGAAAAUCAAUGCCAUGGCCGAGGACGGGGAUGCUCAUGCCAAGCUCAUCGUGGAGACGGACACCUUCGGGAGCCGCGUGCGCAUCAAAGGGGCCGAGACCGGGUUCUACAUCUGCAUGAACAAGAAGGGGAAGCUGAUUGGCAAGAGCAACGGCAAAGGCAAAGACUGCGUCUUCACGGAGAUCGUCCUGGAGAACAACUACACGGCGCUGCAGAACGCCAAGUACGAGGGCUGGUACAUGGCUUUCACCCGCAAGGGCCGGCCCCGCAAGGGCUCCAAGACGCGGCAGCACCAGCGCGAGGUGCACUUCAUGAAGAGGCUUCCCAAGGGCCACCAGACCACCGAGCCCCACCGGCGCUUCGAGUUCCUCAACUACCCCUUCAACCGGAGAAGUAAAAGGACUCGAAACUCCAGCCCUCGGCCGGGCCCCUGACUUGCCCCGCCCCCUGCCUCCCAAGCCCCGCCCCCUUCUCCUCUGCGUAGACAUGUGCUGGACUGUGACUAGAGACUUUUUUUUAUACGGUUAUUAAAAAAGGGAAAAAAAGGAGGAAAAAAAUGCCCCGAUCUAGUUGUUUAUAAUUUUGUUUUGGUUUGUUUUUUACAAAAAGAAAAGAAAGGAAGGAAAGAGGCUCUAUUUUUGUAUUCCAGCUUUAAAAAGCAACGAAAUGUUCAAAGACUCGGGAACGGGUUGGGCUUGUGUUUUAGUUCUGUAGCUCUAGGGGAAAGGGGGCAAAAAAUCGUUUUCAAACAAACAAACAAACAACAACAACAAACCCCCACCCCAGUCUGGGACCAAAGUGCUACUUAAACUAAAGCAAUGGCUGCUUAUUUGAAAAGAAAAAAAAGAUGGGAAAUAGAAGAGGUGGGGGAGGGAUUUGAAGACUAGGAACCAGGACUCCUGGGUUCUUUCCCCAGCUUUACUCUGACGCCUGUGGGGUUUCUGGUGGUAACUGGGUUGCCUACGGCUUUCCACUAUCAAAGUAUCUAUUUCUUUAGCUGGACAACGGGUGGUUUGAUACUGUUCUGAUCCCACAACACUGCGUCUUUCCCAGCUCCCCGUCUUUCCACAGGAAGCUGGAGCGGAUGGGGGGAUAGAGAUGUCCCCAGGCAAAAUCCUGAAUGGAGAUGGCCCCUCUGUUAACCAAAGGAACCUGGGAAUUUUCUCAAGCUGUGAUGGAGGGCAGGGGGCAGUGACUGAACUAGAGAGGGUUGGAUAACGGGGGUUUUGUCCCCAUGAUGUAUUGGGACUCUUCAUUGAAAACUGAAAAAAAAAAAAUUGGCUAAAACACAAAAAUUCCAAAAACCAAAAAAUUUUCAGCAGUUUUUGGCUGAAUUUUAAAAAAAAUGUUCCAUUCUCAGGCCAAAUCUUUCAGGUUCCAGUCCUCCACCACACAGAUGGAAUUGGUUUGAGGAAAGCUGCCAUUUUUAAUGACAAAUUUCAUUGUGUCAAAUGCCCAGUUUUCCUUUGGGGGAAAAUAGUGAUGGGAAAAUUUCCAGCCAUCCUGGCUCUGAACCAAGCCCUAGGAGGACUCUGCAAAGAUUGUGAAUGGGGAGAAAAACCAGAGACGCUCUAUCAAAGCCAGAACUCGGGUGGCUUCUCAGCCGAUCUCUUUGAUUGUUUGUUUUUAUUUCCUUGAGGGUUUUUUUUGU